AUGACAACCGUACAAACACCAUCUCCAAAUUCAUCACUACCCCACCAACAACCAACAAACGCACCAUCAUCAAUAUCCACAUCUUCAACAUCAUCGUCGGUUUCAUACAAUCAAGAUGAAACACUUUCAUUUAUUCCACCACAGCCAAAGGUUCCAUCGACACUUUCCAGUCCUGUUAAACCAACCACCACAAUGUCAACAACAUUAUUCCCUAUUUCUUCAGACCAAACUUCAACAACUAUAUCAACUUCUUUAACAAGUUUAACAACAGUUCUCCAAACACCAUCACCUUCAAUUCAAACAUCACCAGAAACACCCCAGUCAACAAAUUCAAUAUCAACUACAACAUCAUCGUCAUCCUCACAAUAUCAUCAAGAUGAAACAAAUUCAUCUGGUUCACAACAACCAAAAUCACCAUCAACUCUCUCAAGUCCCGUGAAUCCAACUACAACCAUGUCAACCACUUUAUUACCAACAAUUCCAGCUCAAACAAUAAAUAACAUAGCAUCUACCAAUGGUUUUAUGACAACUGUACAAACACCAUCUCCGAGUUCAUUACCACCACAACAUCAAACAACAAAUACACCAUCAUCAAUAUCCACAACAUUAACAUCAUCAGUUUCAUACAAUCCAGAUGAAACACUUUCAUAUGCGCCACAACAACCUAAAGUACCAUCAACACUUUCCAACUCUGUCAGACGAACCACCACAAUGUCAACUACUGUUUUACCAUUACCGUCAGAUCAAACUGCUGUUGCAACAACAAUGUCAUCAAGUUUAACAACAGGUCCACAAACACCAUCACCUUCAAUCCAAACACCACCAAAAACAACACAACCAACAAAUUCAAUUUCAACUUCCUCACUACCAUCAGUAUCAGAUGAAACCCUUUCCUAUGCUCCACAACAACCAAAAUUACCAUCAACCACUUUAUUACCAACAACAUCAGCUAAAAUAUCAACGACAAUAUCUUCUGCCAAUGGUUUUAUGACAACCGUACAAACACCAUCUCCAAAUUCAUUACCACCACAACAACAACCAUCAUCAAUAUCCACAUCUUCAACAUCAUCGUCGGUUUCUUACAAUCCAGAUGAAACACUUUCAUUUAUUCCACAACAACCAAAAGUACCAUCAACACUUUCCAGUCCUGUUAAACCAACCACCACAAUUUCAACUACUGUUUUACCAUCUUCAGAUCAAACUGCUGUUGCAACGACAAUGUCAUCAAGUUUAACAACAGGUCCACAAACACCAUCACCUUCAAUUCAAACACCACCAAAAACACCACAACCAAUAAAUUCAAUUUCAUCUUCUUCACCGUCAUCAGUUUCCUAUAAUCCAGAUGAAACCCUUUCAUACUCUCCACAACCAAAAUUACCAUUAACAAUCUCUAAUCCCGUGAAUCCAACUACAACCAUGUCAACCACUCUAUUGCCAACAACAUCGGCUCAAAUAACAACUACAAUAUCUUCUGCCAAUGGUUUUAUGACAACCGUACAAACACCAUCUCCAAAUUCAUUACCACCGCAACAACAAACAACAAACCCACCAUCAUCAAUAUCCACAUCUUCAACAUCAUCGUCGGUUUCAUACAAUCCAGAUGAAACACUUUCAUUUGUUCCUCAACCAAAAGUACCAUCAACACUUUCCAGUUCUGUCAAACCAACCACCACAAUGUCAACAACAUUAUUCCCUAUUUCUUCAGACCAAACUUCAACUACAACCAUGUCAACCACAUUAUUACCAACAACAUCAUCUCAAACAUCGACAACAAUAUCUUCUGCCAAUGGUUUUAUGACAACUGUAACACCAUCUCCAAAUUCAUUACCACCACAACAUCAAACAACAAACGCACUGUCAACAAUAUCCACAUCUUCAGCAUCAUCAGUUUCAUACAAUCCAGAUGAAACACUUUCAUUUGUUCCUCAACCUAAAGUACCAUCAACACUUUCCAACUCUGUCAAACCAACCACCACAAUGUCAACAACUAUUUUACCAUUACCGUCAGAUCAAACUGCUGUUGCAACGACAAUGACAACAAGUUUAACAACAGGUCCACAAACACCAUCACCUUCAAUUCAAACACCACCAAAAACACCACAACCAACAAAUUCAAUUUCAACUUCAUCAUCACCAUCAGUAUCAGAUGAAAUACUUUCAUAUACACCACAACCAAAAUUACCAUCAACUCUCUCUAAUCCCGUGAAUCCAACUAUGACCAUGUCAACCACUUUAUUACCAACAACUCCAGCACAAACAUCGACAACAAUCUCUUCUGCCAAUGGUUUUAUGACAACCGUACAAACACCAUCUCCAAACUUAUUACCACCACAACAACAACCAUCAUCAAUAUCCACAUCUUCAACAUCAUCGUCGGUUUCAUACAAUCCAGAUGAAACACUUUCAUUUGUUCCUCAACCAAAAGUACCAUCAACACUUUCCAGUCCUGUCGAACCAACAACGGUAAAAUCAACUACGUUGUUACCUACUCUCUCAUACCAGACAGCUAUUGCAACAACAAUAUCAACUUCUUUAACAAGUUUAACAACAGUUCUCCAAACACCAUCACCUUCAAUUCAAACAUCACCAGAAACACCCCAGUCAACAAAUUCAAUAUCAACUACAACAUCAUCGUCAUCCUCACAAUAUCAUCAAGAUGAAACAAAUUCAUCUGGUUCACAACAACCAAAAUCACCAUCAACUCUCUCAAGUCCCGUGAAUCCAACUACAACCAUGUCAACCACUUUAUUACCAACAACAUCGAUUCCAACAAUAACUAGUAUUGAUAGCACAGGUUUUAUGACAACUGUACAAACACCAUCUCCGAGUUCAUUACCACCACAACAUCAAACAACAAAUACACCAUCAUCUAUAUCCACAACUCUAACAUCAUCGUCUGUUUCUUACAAUCCAGAUGAAUCAUUGUCAUUUGCUCCGCAACAACCAAAAGUACCAUCAACACUUUCCAGUUCUGUCAAACCUACCACUACAAUGUCAGUAACUACAUUAUUACCAACAAUUUCAUAUCAAACUACAUCGGAUAUGCAUUCAACACUUUCGUCCUCACAACAACCAAGGUUACCAUCUAUCAUCAUUACAACUUUAUCAAACGGUCAAACUUCUACUACAACAGAUGAAUUGUCUAUUAUAUCAACAAGUUCGCCAACCAACCAACUUACAACUACAUCAGGAUAUCCCCAAACAUUAAAUUCACAAACAACAGUUAUUGGAUCAUCGCCAACUCCUUCAAACAUUCAACAAGAUGCCUUAGCUACACACAUAACUUACACAAACAACUUAACUUCAUCUUUAGCUAACAAUCCAACAUCUAUAAAUGGAAUUUCAACAACCUCAAAACAACCUUCAUCGACAUCACCUAAUCCAACACCAAUUUCAUACAAUCCAGAUGAAUCAUUAUCAUUUGUUCCACAACAACCAAAAAUACCAUCACUCGCAACCACAGAUUCGAGCUUAUCGACAGGUACAGGUACCACACCAAAACCGUCAAUUGAAACAACUCGUUCGUCAAACGACCAACCUACCACAAAUCCGAGCAGAACAACACAUACACCGUCAGAACUUGCAACCACACAAAAGCCAGUUACUUCCUACCUCCAAUCUACUACUCUUGAUACAGGAACUACUUCACCAUUAAUGAACGCCCAAACACAAGGAAUAUCAACAAUCAAUGGAUUUUCAUCAACCUCAAAACAACCUGACUCACCCUAUUCAUCUCAUUCCCAAUCACCAACAACCACAACCACAACAAACACAAAUACAAAUCAAACACCUAUUCCAACACCAAUAUCAUAUAAUCCAGAUGAAUCACUAUCAUUUGUUCCUCAACAACCAAAAUCUCCAUCACCUGUGAUAACAUUAACCCCAGUAACCGAAGUAGCAACAAACCAACUAACAACCACAACCUUAACAAAUUCAGCAACAAUACCAAUUUCUACUUUAACCAAUCAAAAUAUAAAUUAUCCACCCACCACAUCAUUAACUAUAAUAUCUUUACCCAAUGAUGGUAAUUCUACUCUGAGCAAUCCCACAAAUAUAUCAUUUUCGUCAAAUGGCGUAAAUCCAGCAACUAACAAACCAACAACAACAAAUGGAACGACAUCCUCAACAAAAAACAACCCAUCGAUUCCCAUCUUCUCAAUAACUACAACAACAGGUACCAGUCAAACACCAAUUUCAUACAAUCCAGAUGAAUCAUUAUCGUUUGUUCCACAACAACCAAAAGUACCAUCUCUUGUAACCAACCCGUCUACAUCAACGGAAUUGGGACAACAAUCAACAACAACUUCUGGUAUUCCUCAAAGUUAUCUAACAGGAAGUAAUACACAUGAAAUGACAACUUCACCAAAUACAUUUGGAACAACACAAACAACAACAACCACGAAUUUAGCACCAAUAUCGUCAACACAAACAACUACAGGCACAACCACAGUAGCACAAGCACAGCCAACAACAAUAUCAUCUACUCCCUCUCAAACAACUAGAAGCACAUAUGUAGCUUCAAUAACAAAUGGAGUGAAUACAACUUCUCCAAAUGUUGGUCAAGAUACCACAUCUAAUGAACAACCAAAGUUAACUUUUGGAACAACCAAUUCUCCAAUGCCAAUUGCAACAACGGGAUCGCCAACUACUCAUAUAACAACAUCACCAUCAUCAUCAGCAACACCUUCAAAUAAUCAACCAGAGUCAACAACCACAACAAUUUAUUCGGCAACCAACAAACCUUCAUCUACAAUAAAUGUAUCUGGAACAACCAAUCCAACAUCUAUAAAUGGAAUUUCAACAACAAUUUCACAACAAUCUUCAUCGACUUUACCUAAUUCAACACCAAUUUCAAACAAUCCGGAUGAAUCAUUAUCAUUUGUUCCACAACAACCAAAGGUACCAUCACCUGCAACAACAAUAUCUUCAACAACACAAACACCAACAAACCAACCAAUACCUACAACCACAACAAACUCAGCAGCAAUUCCAAUUACUUCAAACAAACCAACAACAUCAUCUGCAUCCACAUACUCAGGUAUAUCAACAGGUAAUGGUAUCACACCAACACCAAGUUCAAACGGACCAACCACCCAAUCAACAACAUCACCAAAUUCACAAACUACACUUUCAUCAAUAACAUCAACAAAUGGAAUGACAUCUCAAACAAUUAACAACACAAACACUUCAACCAAUCCUGAUCAACCAAAAGUGUCUUCAUAUACAACAACCAAUGCUCCUACUUCAUUGAAUACAUCAAUAAAUCAAAUGAUAACAACAUCACCACAAAGUUCGAAUUCACUAAAUUCAAAUUUUGCGAAAGGAACUGCUCAGCCAACAAUAGAUAAUCCAUCAAACUAUCCUUCUUCUUCAACAAUAGGUACCAGUCAAACACCUAUAUCAUUGAAUCCAGAUGAAUCAUUAUCAUUUGUUCCACAACAACCAAAAGUACCAUCACCUAUAACCACUCCAUCCUCUACAACAGAAUUGGGACAACAAUCAACAACAACUUCUGGUAUUCCUCAAAGUUAUUUAACAGGAAGUAAUACACAUGAUAAGACAACUUCGCCAACUUUACCAAAUACAUUUGGAACAACACAAACAACAACAACCACGAAUUUAGAACAAAUAUCGUCCACUCAAACAACCAAAAGCACAACCACAUUAACUCAAACACAACCAAUAAAUGUAGCCUCCAACACUCUAUCUACAUCAUCUCCAACAAAUGGAAUUAGAACAACAUCUCCAAAUUUUGGACAAGUUACUACAUUUGCAACUCAACAACCACAAUCAACAAAUCCAACAACCAAUGCUCCAUCUUCAAGUUCUUUGGAUAUUCCACCAACAACAAUGCAAGAAUUUUCAACAACCUCGUCACCAAAAUCGACUCAGUCAUCAAAUCCACCAAUUUCAAAUAUUCCAAACGAAACUCUUUCGAUUGUUCCACAACAACCUAUACCAUCCAAUUCGACAACCAAUUCUCCAAUUUCCUUGACAACUUCACCAUCAAAAACACCCUCAAUUAACCAACAAGAUUCAAUUGCUUCGACAACCAACAAACCUUCAUCUACAUUAAAUCCAUCUUCAAUAAAUGGAAUUUCAACGACAACAUCAAAACAAACAUCAUCCACAUCACCACCCAAAUCUAUUUCAACACCAAUAUCAUACAAUCCAGAUGAAUCAUUAUCAUUUGUUCCACAACAACCAAAGGUACCAUCACCUGCAACAACAAUAUCUUCAACAACACAAAUACCAACAAACCAACCAAUAACUACAACUACAACAAACUCAGCAGCAAAUCCAAACACUUCAAACAAACCAACAACUUCACCUAAUUCAAACCCUGGUUUACCUCAAAGUUAUCUAACAGGAAGUAAUACACAUGAAAUGACAACUUCACCAAAUACACAAGCACAAUCUACACAUUCAUCAUUGCCAAUACAAACAACCACAAGCACAACCACAUUAACUCAAACAAAACCUCCAAAUAUAUCCAAUGCACCAACAACAGGUUCUGUUCUACCAUUGAACUCUUCACAAAUAUCUCCUCCAACAACAACCAGUGAACAUACAAGCAACCAAAUUUCAAGUCAAACAACAAACCCGAAUGUAUCUCCAAUGACCAAUACAACAACUCCAGUUGGACAAGAUACCACAUCCACAUCUACUCCACAACCAAAAUCAUCAAAUGAAGUAACCAACUCUCCUACUGUUAUAGCAACAACAAGAUCACCAACAAAUCAAAUUACGACAACAGAAUAUGUUACUCCACAAACAACAAAUACAGAACCAAAAGGUACAAUGAUAGGAACAACUAAAUCUUCAACAAACAACCUAACAACAUCACCAUCAUCAUCAUCAACUGCUCCUUCAAAUAACCAACAAGAUUCGACAACCAACAAACCUUCAUCUACAAUAAAUGCAUCUGGAACAAACAAUCCAACAUCUAUAAAUGGAAUUUCCACAACAACUUCAACGACAUCACCUAAUUCAACACCAAUAUCACACAAUCCAGAUGAAUCAUUAUCAUUUGUUCCACAACAACCUAAAAUACCAUCACCUGCAUCAACAUUGGGAACGACUUCACAAAGCAGUCCACCAAUUCAGUCUAUGCAAAGUACCACAUCAAUGAUGAACACACAAGGAUUGUCAACCAUCAAUGGACUAUCAUCAACUUCAAAACAACCAUACUUAUCCAUCAUAUCUCCUACAACAACCACAACCGCAACAGCAUUAUCAAUUUCGGGCAAACCUAAUGAAUCAUUAUCAUAUUCAUCAAUCAAUGGAAUUCCUCAGACACCCUCCCUUUCUUCAGAAACCACUUCACCUCAUACAACUUCGACUUCUCCAAAUCCAAUAGAUCAGUCAUCACUUUAUGGAUUUUCAACUAUGUUAAUAUCCGCAACAUCAAGUACCACAUCAUCAAUACAACAAACUCUUUCACAGACACCAAUAACAACAGUAAAUCCACAACAACCAAAAGUAGACAAUCUUGUAACAACAAUCUCUACAACCACUAGUUCACAAACUUCUGCAAUAUAUUCUACAACUUUGUUACAAUCCUCAACAACUUUUAUAUACCAAACAGAAAAACCUUUACCUCCAUAUGUUCCAGCAACCACAGGUAUUUCCACUUCACCAGUAUCCUACAACCCAGAUGAAACACUUUCAUUUGUUCUCGAACAACCCAAAGUACAAUCUUCUUCAAAAUCAAGUACAGUUUCAUAUAAUACAAUAGUAAAAUCAACUUCAACUACAAAUCCAGCUACUCCCAUCCCUUUAACGACAGGAAUAUCUACACAAUCAAAUUCAGUAGGUCCUUUACCAACAAUGAGUACAAACCAACAAUCAUUAUCAUCACUACAUUCAACAGUCACAUCUACAACAAUCAUCUCAGUACUUCCUUCUACUCUAUCUACAAGUUUAGGAUUAAAUACUAUUAAUCAACUUGUUGGUACAACAGCUUUACAAUCAAAUACCCAAUCACAACCAUCAACACCAACAAACAAUGUAUCUCCUGCAUUUUCAACUCCAACACCAAGAGAUCCAACCUUAGCUUCAACAAUUUAUUUAAUACCAUCACACACCAUAUCACAUCCUACAAAUCCUACUCAUACACCAUUAUCAACAACACCAUUACCAUCCUCUGGCUCAAGGGUAAGUGCGGAGAACACAUCACCUGCAUACUAUAGUCCAAUACAAAUAACACCAUCACAACCACCUCACGAUGUCAAUUCACAGCAACCUCUGUCGUUCAAUCCAGACGAAUCUCUAGGAUUCGCUCUCAAUAAACCAAAGGUUUCAUCUAAACCAAAUUCUCCAAUAGAUCAAGGGUUAGUCCAUCCAAUAACCAAUAGAUCAUACAACCCACCCCAGUAUAUUGGCCAAAUUUUACCAGAACCCAAAGACAAAUACUCUAAACCUCCUUUUACCCAAUCAGGUCUUGAUAGUGGAAAUAUUGUAAUUGCUGUUGUCAGCAGAUACAACUACUUGUGUACCAAUUUGUUUGAUUUCGAUCUCAAAGCAACUGAAUUCACUACGACAUACAAUGUCAAAAAUCAAUGUGUCGCCGGUAGAAAUGGAUCAGUUGUACUUUCCAGUUUCUAUGGAACUAAAGCUGCCGAUGCCAUCUAUACUUUGAAUGGAGUUCAAGUUAGUAAUUCAUUGUCUCUCGGUGUAGGAAACUAUUCAAUCGUUUCAGACGUUGCCUCUGGAACAUGUAAAUUCGCUCUCCAAACAUUAUUGACUGUUGAAAGUAAUAUUAUCAAUUCAACAAUCAACUCACCAUCAUGUGGAACCAUCAACAUCGUUUCAACAGCAUCACUUAAUUAUUAG